AUGGUGGGGAGAAUAAUCAGAGGUGAAGUAAACAAUGUGAACACAUACAGUAAAUCAAUUACGGUGAAUCAAUCAGGGAAAAUGGUUGCUCAUCAACAAGGCUUAUCAAAACAAGAAUCGGGAAUAAGGCAAAAUACUGAGAAGCCCCAGUUCACUCCCAUUCUAAUGACAUAUAAAGAGCUGUAUCAGAAGUUAUUUAAUGCACAUGUUGUUGCCCCUCAUUACUUGAGUCCUCUACAACCCCCGUAUCCAAAAUGGUAUGACACAAACGCUCAAUGUGACUACCAUUCGGGGAUUUCAGGACACUCAAUAGAAAAUUGUACCGCUUUCAAGAAGGUUGUAGAAGGACUUAUAAAAUUGGGUGUUGUCAAAUUUGAUGACUCACGCAGCACAGAAGGUCCAUUGCCCAAUCAUGAUGAUAAGGGAGUGAAUAUGUUGAGUGAAGGUACGGGGGAAGAAGUCAAGAAUGACAUCGCUAAAGUAAGAACUCCAUUGAAAUGGGUAUGGAAAGAGAUGACAAAAAGAGGGUUAGUUAUUUCAGAUUUGGAGGAAGGGUGUGAGAUGGGAAAUUACUGUGAAUUCCACCAUAAAACAGGGCACGAAAUCCAAGAAUAUGAAAGAUUCAAGGCUUUAGUUCAAAGCAUGAUGGAUAACAAGGAGAUGAGAUUCUAUGAAGACGCGGAAGAAAGGAGGAGCAUAUGCGCGACAGAGUCGGGAACAGGGACCCCAAAAAUAAAUAAUCCUGUAGUUAUUAUCUCACGCCCUAAGAGUAAUGAGGCUAGGGCUCAGGUAACACCAAAAAUUGUAAUCACAAAACCGUCAAGUUUCACAUAUAAGGAUGACAAAAUAGUCCCGUGGAAUUACGGAUGCAAUGUGACAAUCCCAGGAAAAGAAGUUGAGGACAAUAUGGUAAAAGAAUACCAGGAAAAGGGUUCUUAUACACGUAAUGGGAAACCUUAUGACACUCAAGCAGAAAUGCCAAGAGAAAUGACUCCGACGGUGGAACAUAGGAAAUGGAAGGCGGUGGAAUCUGAGCCAUUGGUAAAUGGACCAAUAAAAGAAGAGGAAGCAAAUGAGUUUUUGAAGUUUUUAAAACACAGUGAAUAUAGUGUUGUGGAGCAACUGCACAAACAACCGACCCGUAUUUCUGUAUUAGCUUUGCUCCUAAGUUCAGAAGUACAUCGAAAUGCACUGAUGAAAGUACUAAAUGAAACAUACGUGGCCGAGGACAUCUCAGUCAAUAAAUUGGAUCGCUUGGUCAACAAUAUAAGUGCUGACAAUUUUAUCUUCUUCAACGAUGAUGAAAUACCGUCUGGAGGUAGGGGUUCUACUAAGGCUCUACACAUUACUACCCGAUGUUAG